AUGUUAAUAUUUUUAGAAAGAUAUAGAAACCCAUGCGACAAAGACAGCACUGGUACAUCCUCACUUCACAAGGCAGCUGCCAAUGGGCACUUGGAGUGUCUGCAGCUGUUAUCACAGCGUGGUGGCGAGCUGACACUACCUGACAUCACAGGCUGCACACCGCUGCAUUCUGCCGCCAGAAAUGGCCACCUAAAAACUAUUAGGUGGCUUGUUGAUGCAGGCAUAGACAUUAACAUUGAGUCCCGUAAAGGCAAAACAGCAAGGGAUGUGGCAAAGCAACAGGGAAACUUUGAAGUCGCCAAAUUCCUAAAAGAAGCUGGUCGUGAGAAGUUUGACUGGGAGAUGGGAGAUAAAUAUGGGAAACUCAACUAUGUGACUCACUGA